AUGGCGACGACGACCAACGUGCCCGUGACGCUGGACACGCCCAUCGUGGUCAAGAUUCUGUUUCGGGGCCUUACCAAGAAGUUCAAACUCCCGCUGAAGGACCUCGGUCCUCAUGUGCUCCCUGAGAAGCUUCGAAGCGUUCUCCAGAUCCAGCCCGACGUGCACGUCGUGUUCGAGCGCUACUCCGACUCGGCUGCCUCCUACGUCACCCUAGACUCCGACAAGCCUCAGGUCUACAAGACGCUCUUCCGAGCCGCAAAAGCAAAGCUCAAGCUUCGCCUGAAGGCCACCAUUCCUGGCGAGCAGAUUGAGCUUCCCGCCGCUGCUCCGCCAGUACCCGCUCAUGAGGCGGCCGUUCCUAGUCCUCUCCCCUCGCUGCUCCGCCUAAGCUCAGAGACCUUAACUCCCCAUGGCAUUGCGCCCACCUCCCCAGUCAUUGCACGCACCCCUGGCGGUUGCCCUGCAGCUCCCAAGUUCGAGCCCAUCAGCCCCGUAUCGCCACCCAAGCCAGCCAACACAGAGGGCGCGGCUCCUUCGCGGCAAUUGCUCGCCACUCAUCAGGGCUGCCUCGACAUCGCCGCAACUACCAAUUACAAUUCCGGUCUCGCUUUCCGUCCCAAGCCGAACAAUGUGUGUGCGUCAUGGGUCGUGUACUGCAACAACUGCAAUGAUCCCAUGGAAGACGAGCACUUCCACUGCAGCGUGUGUGAUGGCGGCGAUUACGAUCUCUGCCCGGCUUGCGUUGACUCGGGUAUUCACUGCCCUGGAACGAGCCACUGGAUGGUCAAGCGCUUCGUGAAGAACGGAUGCGUUGUCAACAGUACCACCCAGCGCCUUGCACCCAAGGCGAAGGAUGAAGAGCACCAAGAGAUUCCCGGAGCCUUCACCGAUGAGAAGCAGUCUGUUGCGCUCGAGGAGGAGCCGACGCGUACCUGCAACUGCUGCGUCAAGGUUCUUCCUGAAAAUGAGUUUGUCACCUGCGUCUCCUGUGACGAUUACGAUCUUUGUCUAGGAUGCCAUCUCAGCAACAAGCACGGUCAUCACCCGGGUCAUGUCUUCAAGGCUGCCACCACAGAAACAGCCCUUCCUACCUUGGCUGAAUAUCUCUGCAACUCUGGCAGGAAUGUCCGUCACUCGGCUGUGUGCGAUGGCUGUGACAAGUUUAUCUAUGGCGUCCGCCACAAGUGCUUGAAUUGCCCAGACUGGGACUAUUGCUCUGAUUGCCUUGAGAACGCCAAGUUCAUUCACCCUCGCCAUCGCUUCGUGCCAAUCUACGAGCCUCUCGCCGAGCCCGUCAACAGCGGCAACCGCCAUUAUGGCAUUUACUGCGACGGUCCUCUUUGCAAGGAGAAGGAGAAUUUGUCCUACAUUGAGGGCGUUCGUUACAAGUGUGCUGUUUGCCACGAUACCGACUUCUGUCAGAACUGCGAGGCACACCCGACUAACAAGCACAACCAUACCCACCCUCUUAUCAAGUUCAAGACUCCGGUCCGCAGCGUCAGCGUAACCACCGUCAACGAUGACAAGGCUGGGAGGACCAUUGCAAGGCUUGGUGACCGUCAGCCACCUAGCCGGUCUACCGCAACUGAGACUACCCCAGUCGCUCCUUCCACCAAUGCUGCAACGCAGGUGCAGACUGUUGUCGACAUGAAGCCUUCUGAGGAGCCUCAAGUUAAGAAGGAAAAGAUUGCCAUUCGCGAUUUGCUCGUUGAAUCCGUUGAGCCUGUUCAGGACAAGGUCGUCAUGCAAGUGGACGACAUCAAGACCAUCGAGACUGAGCCUAUCCCUAUUCCCAAGUCUGAGACGAGCUCCCAUGGACUCGAUGCUCACUUCAUUCGUGACACCAUUGUAGAUGGUUCCAAGAUCUGCACUGGCUCCCAGUUUGUUCAAGUCUGGACCCUCCGCAACCCCGGUCCUAACGCCUGGCCUGCAGGCUGCAGUGUUCGCCAUGUUGGUGGUGAUAAUAUGCUCAACAUUGACAAUUCACGACCGCUUAGCCAUAUCGAUCUUGCGGAGGCCAGCGAGACCAACUCCAUGGGUCGCUCCGUCGAGGCUGGUGAGGAGAUCUCCUUCCGUGUCAUCAUGAAGGCACCUGUUCGUGAGGGUCUUGCCAUCUCCUACUGGCGUCUCAAGACUGCUGAUGGCCUGCCUUUUGGUCAUCGUCUGUGGUGUGAUAUUCAAGUUGUCGCCCCGCCAUCUCCUGCCGCCGCUCAGCCUGAGCCUGAACAAGAGGCCCCUGUUUCGUCUCCAGAAGUUGCCUCAGCUUCGACUCCUUCUCCGCUAUACGAGCGUCUCAUCCUAGCUAGACUCGAGAGGAUGAAGAUGGCUCAGCAGGCACAUGCACAGCACCCUGAGCAACAGAAGAUGGAGCGCGUUCAGCGCGUCCGCAAGGCUGCAGUUGAGCGUCUCUUGGAGAGCCGCCGCAAGGAGCACGAGGCUGCUCUCGCUACCGUCAAAUAUGAGCCAACCCCCAAGGUCGAGGAGGCUGCCCCUGAGCCCACUGCAGAGCUUCCAGUUGAGAAGUCUGCCGAGCUUGCACCCGAGCCUCAGUCCUCUGGCAUGAUCUUCCCGCAACUUGACAAGGAGUCUCCUGAGUCGAGCACGUACGAGACGACGACUGCACAGCCAGAGUCGCCCAGGUCCGAGAAGAGCACCAUCGCCCGCACCGUUACUGUUGCUUCUGAUGACGAGUUCUUCGAGGAUGCCGAGAGCGUUGCUCUUCACUCUGAUGGCGAGGGCUUCAUGACGGAUGAGGAGUACGAUAUUCUCGAUGCCAGCGACGAGGAGAUGUUGUGA